CCACGGCAUUAUCUAGAGGGUCGCCUAGUGGGCCUUUAAAAAGGCACGCGUCGCAAUCCUCAUCAGUGUUCCAAGCUCGCAGCACCAGCAAGCAACCUCCUCCACCAUGUCCAAGAUCGCCAUCGUCGUCGUGCUGGCCGUGGCCGCCUGCCUCAUUCCCGACGCCAUGUCCGCCUGCAGCUCCAGGCAGCUCGACAACCUCGAGACCCAGCUCGAAAUCUGCAGCAAGGGCCUCCCAGUCCAGCAGUAUGAUGGCUACUGGCGCUGGGCCCGUGACGUGACCAGCAGGAUGAAGAGAGACACCACCUGCGACUUGAACAAGGCCCCCGCCUACUUCCAGUCCGAGUUGCGCAACAUCGGCUACAUCGGCAAGAAGGACAUUGACCGUGCUGUGACCUGCAUCACCAACUCUAUCAAAUUCGAAAUUUGCUGUUAAGGAAACCAGUCAAUAAAGUCCGAAGUCGGUGCAUUUUGAACAUUCGCAA